CCUGUCACCCUGUGCAUACUAUAUACACACACACGCACAUACUUCUUUCCUUGCUCUCUCCUCAUCCAGCCCUCCCCUCAUUCCACUCAUCCAGCCCUCCCCUCAGCUCCGCCCCCCUCUGCCCUCUCCCGUUCCCUUCACAAUCAGCUGCCAGCGAGGCCCCCAAUCCUUCCACUUCGCAACUACUCUGUCUUAGCAGGACUUGGCAUGGGGAUCAGUAGCAUGAAGAGCUGCCUUGUGAUAAACUAAAACUGCAAGGGACCUGGGCAGGAAAAUACCCUAGAAAAGCUCUUCACAAACAGAGCAGAAGGAGGAAGCAGAAAGCAGAAGAGGAGACUGCAGGCUUUUGCAGGAGCUGACUGAGCAGAGAUCCAGUGAGGUACAGUAAGGUUGAUACUUUUGAUCUGAUGGGGGACUUAGAAUCAAGGCGGUCAACGCUUGUCUCCAGAUUGCCAAUAUUCAGACGCAGUAUUGGCCGAAGGCAAGAUUCCCUUCCGUCUUCGCCAUCAUCUAGCAAUACUGUUGGACUGCACAGCUCCUCUCCUUCCUCUACUAAUUCUAGCUCAGGCAGUACUGGAAAGCGCAGAAGUAUAUUUCGCACCACAUCUUUAAGCUUCCAUCACAGAAAGGAGAAUGAUCAGAAAAUUGAUCCUGUAAGCCAAAAUGCAAAUAUUUCAAAUGGGUCUCAGAUAUCUCACAGCUGUUUGCCAAAGCUGGAUGUGGAAGAACAAGUCAAGACCAAGGGCAAGAGUUCCAUUAGUGUUUAUGGCUCACGUAGAAAAAAGAUUACAAGGUCAGUUACUGAGGACUUUGAUAAAAAGAAAGACCAUUCGGGCAAUAGGAAUGUAUUUACAAACUGUUUAGGAAAAAAUGAAAGCGAUGACUCAGGAUUUAUAGAUGAACAAAGCAAGCGCUCUGUUAAACAUUCCACAAGGAAGCUUCUUCCUAGGUCACUGUCAUCGCAUUACCGUUUUUCUAGACCUGUUUCUCAGUGUCAGUCACCAUCACUGACCCAAAGCUCUGGAUGUUCCACAGAGCAUCAGCAUACUACAGGUACUGAUUCUCCAGCUGUAAAGCCAUUGUUACCCAGUGCUGCUGAAAAAAUUGAGAACACAGAAGGUUCAAUGCACUCUCCACUUAUCUCCACAGAUCAUACAACCGCUCCACAUACCCCUUCAGAUUUCACUUUUAUGGAUGAUUCUGCCUCUGAAGCUGAUUCUUUGCCAAACAGUGGACAGCAACAAUUGCACAACGAGCAUAUUUGCCAUGCUAAUGCUACCUCACAAACUUUUCCUUGUCCAGCCAUUAUACCUGAACACAUUAAAGAAACUGAUAUUUUAGAAAAUGGUUCUCAUGAAGAUAGCAUACGUCUUACAAAGUGCAAGGAUGGAGCGAGUAUGGAGAGAUUGGGGUCAAAACCCUCCGUAACAAGCCCUAGUGUGUAUCAACCAAAAGUAUUAUUACCUAUUUCUGAGCUAAGUACAAAUGAAUUUAAGGCCAAUGGAACUAAUAUAGCAGGAUGCCAUACAGGCACUUCAGUUUCACAAAAUGGUGGUCACUCACUCUCCACUGAAAAUUUCCCAAAGAAAUAUGAGCCAACAGUAGAUGUACAUGAAAUAAUACCUACAAAGUUGAAAACUCAUCGUUCUGUUUCAGAAUCAAAAAGUAUCUCCUCUGCUGAGACUCCGUCAGCUGUAGCACAACAUAAUCAUUCUAGAGUUAACUAUGCCAAUAGCUUCAGCCCAUAUCGAGAUUGGAGGUCAUCUGAAAGGCGAAUAAGAUCAUCUUCUGAGGGUACUGCAGGAAGCAGUAGAAUGACUUUUAGACCAAAAGAUGGAAACACUGAGGAAUCCAAUAGUUUAAGGAAGCAGAGAACAAUUUCAACAUCUUCCAAAAUGAAUAGUAUGGAUGUGUUAAAUAACUUGGGAUCUUGUGAGCUAGAUGAGGAUGAUCUCAUGCUUGAUUUGGAGUUUACAGAAGAGCAAAAUCUCCGCCGAGUAUGUCGAGAGGAUUCCUUCCAGUCCAUAGUGUCUUGCUCAGCACUGGUACUAUCCCACGUGGAACAGACAAGCGAAACAAAUAAAUCUAAAGACGAAGAUGUGAAAGUGAUUGAGACUGCAAAAAAAAACCUUGCUUUACAUUUAUCAAAGGAGAAUGAAGAAGAUGCUAAGUGUCCUCGUGUCUUCCAAGUACCCACCAGUCCAUCAGUGGAAUGGCCCUUUCCACAGGAAGAGAUUACUGGCUUGGAUACACUGCCUUUCAGAUUGAUGAUGCAGGACUGUACAUCUGUUAAGACUUUGCUGCUCAAAAUGAAGAGGAUCCUGCAAGAGAGCGCUGACAUGAGCCCAGCGAGUAGUACCACCUCUCUUCCAAUUAGUCCCACUGCUGAAAGAAGUCUUCCAUUUAAGGAUAUAAUGAAAGACGAAUGCUCAAUGCUGAAGCUGCAGCUUAAAGAACGUGAUGAACUUAUUUUACAGUUGCAAGAAGAAGUGAAAAAAGCUCAGAGUUUACAGACAAGUGCCAUCGCCAAGCAGGAUAAGUCCACCCAAACUGAAUUUCUAAGCCAUGACACCCAGAGGAACCCGACAAGCACAGAAGGAUCAAUUUAUAAGGCUAUCAGACCCGUUCAUUGUUUCCAGCAUUAUCAGUUUAAGACCAACAUCUGGACACAAGAUGCUUUCCACUAAUGUAUUCAAUUAAGUAUCAUUAAAAUGUAAUAAGCUCCUUUUUUUUUCCAAACAGUUAAUGUAUUCGAGAACUAAGCUGCUGAAAUGCAGUUUUAUGUUAUCACAAAGGAAAAUGUUGUUUUUCUGACAUUGGUGUACAGAUAUAUUUUCAUUGCAGGGACUUUAAUAGCAAAUGAGCUCUUAUUUAUCCCGCUGGGAAAGAACUUUUUAUAUAAUAAUUUAAAUGACCGUGGACCAUGUAUGUGGACCAGAGGACAGCACAUUUUUUUAAAGUGAUUUUUUCCAACUGUACCAAAAAGUCUUUGUUAAACAUGUAAUCAUUAUGAAGCAGGCACUGUCCUGUCUAUCUUGACUUUGUUAAAUUAUUUUUUAAAAAAUAUUUUCCUUCUCUUCAUUUCUGACUGUAAACUUAAAUGACUGUACAAUGCAAUUGAUAAAUUAUUCCAUUAAACAUUUAAAUUUGUAAA